CAAGAAAAUCAAAUCCGAAAAAGGAAGUUUGAAAAGUAUCAUCUAUUGCACAAAAUUUAUAAUCAGUGAAUAUCUAUUUACACAAAACAAAAGGUGGCGUUUUUUACUCAAAUUGAAAUGCAAUUGAUAUCCUCAAAACUGAGAAGGAUUUUGAUAAGAAAACUUGUUUGCUCUGCUUAAGACAAUUUUUUCCCAUUCCCAGCGUUAUUCCACAUUUUCCACGCGUAAUUUCCAUGAACGGCAUUUUGCUGAAUAAUUUUCUUUAUCUUUGCAUUGAAAACCACAAAAGAUAUGAAUAAAACUUCCUUUUUAGUCUAAAAACUGUUAUUCGCUGUCGAUGCAUUCAUAUUUUUCAAUAAUAUUGACAUCAAUUGCGGAAAUUAAGCAGCAACUGCAUCAUUUUUGGGUAGUUAAUAAGCACUUCAGCAAUCCUUGUUAGUUUUCUAAUCCCCAAUUUAUUUUUUAUUUCUGUAUUUUGAAUCUCAUUAUAAAAAGAGAAGAAUUUGAAAACAAUCACAAUAUUAUUUUUUCCUCGUACUUUGAAAUUCAGUUAUCGAAAUCGAGCAAAAACUUUUGUUGUCAGUGCUUUAUGAAACAGUUAUAAUCUACAACAUCACAGAGGCAACUAACUAUUAAAAAUUAAAAGUAUCCAGAGAUUAUUGACAUAAUGGGCAAAGGCAACUCGAAACUGAAGCCAGAGGAGCUGGCUGAUUUCCAGCAUCAGACUGCUUUUUCGGAGGAGGAGAUCCGGGAGUGGUACAAAGGAUUCAGGAAGGACUGUCCUUCGGGUCAACUAACUGUGGACGAGUUCAAGAAGAUCUACGCUAACUUCUUCCCGUACGGAGACGCCACUAAGUUUGCAGAGCACGUGUUCAGGACAUUCGACGUCAACAAUGACGGAAGCAUAGAUUUCCGCGAAUUCAUCUGUGCACUGAGUGUGACCUCUAGAGGUCAGCUGGACCAGAAGUUGAGGUGGGCAUUCAACAUGUAUGACCUAGAUGGCAAUGGAUAUAUAUCUCACCAGGAAAUGCUAGAGAUAGUCUCUGCCAUCUAUAAGAUGGUAGGAUCAGUGAUGAAGAUGCCAGAAGACGAGGCCACUCCCCAGAAAAGAACUGACAAGAUAUUCAAACAGAUGGACAAAAACCUGGAUGGAAAACUGUCUCUGGAAGAGUUCAUUGAGGGCGCCAAAAGUGACCCGUCCAUUGUGCGACUGCUCCAGUGCGACCCAAGCGGCGGAGCCAGUCACUGAAUAAUGGCACGACGCAUAUUGCGUCAUCAUUUGGAAAAAUAGUUGUAUUACGCAACAAACACUAAAAACUUGUUAAUGAAAUUGCGUGAACCAGACUAGAGAAGAGCGAAAGGUUAUUUCAUUAAAAUGCGCUUAGUCGUGGAACUUACUUAAAUUCUAAAAAAAAAUUAUAGUCAAAAUUGAAGUAAAAGAAUUAAUUUUAUCUAUAUUUUCAAAAAACUUGAAUUUAAUAAAACUUAGCAAUAAAUUUUAUUCAAGAUUGAUUUUUAGAACCAAUUUUUUGUUUUAGGCUGGUUUGAAACUUCAAAAUUUUUGCUAUGAUUUAAUAAAUGAAGUUUUUGCAUGAUGCUAAUCAAUUCACCGGCUUUAACAUCUUAAAAUAGUACAAGAAAAAUGGCAGUAAAUAAUUUUCAAUAAUUUUUCUUGUCGAAAUCAUUUUGAACUAAUAUUUCAGUGCAAAUUAAAUGUUUAGCUAUCUACGUACAUUUUCAAUCCCACUCAAAAC